GGCACACUGUGACUAAGUGAAGGUGGGGGUGGAUGUACGUCUCUACAAGGCGUGGGAAUACUUCCUUCUGGUCCUGCUGGAGACACAAGACUUGAAAUGAUCCUUGUCUUUUGGUGGGCAUCAUAGCAGGAACUGAUCACAGAUCCUUGAAAGUUCGUUGAGUGUCCAGCAGAGGUCAGUCAUGUCACACAUCAACACCACUGAGCUGCAGUCGCUCCUGCUCUCCUUCCUUCAGCACUGCCUCAACAGCUCGACUAUACUGUCUCCACUGACACCUGAGAACUACACCACCCAGCAGGCUGUGCACCACGUGGCUGCAGCCAGGGCCCGCGCUCAGUCUCAGGGAAUGAUGUACAUCCUUCUGGUGGUCGGCAUGUUCAGCUUCUUCACAUUCGGCAUCAUGGUCAGCUACAUUCGUUCCAAGAAGCUGGAAGGCUCUCAUGAUCCGUACCACCAGUACAUCGCCCACGACUGGACCAAAGUGAUGACUCCGUCCAGGGCUGUGGCUCAGGCUCUACACAGGGAGGCCACGGGUAACGGAGCCAAAAGCAAGGAGGCCGUCGUCAUCUGCAACGCCGGAGCAGCUGCCAGACUAGAAUAAGGCAUUCAGUGAUUUAACAUUUCCCUGACUGAAUGAUGAAAAACCCCGGAACACAAGAUGUUUAAUUGCUUUAACUUUUAAUGUCACAUAGCAACCAAAAGUUAGAGCGUGUCAGAUCAGUGAUUUCACAGAAACAACUAGUAUCAUGGAUUUGCCUCAUGUUGUGAUCUUUGUUUAUAACACAUGGAGUUCCUCACACUUUACAGUGAAGCUGCUGUGA